UCGUCCUUCCACGCGAGUUUCCACUUCGAUCAUAUACGCGUCGUUCUCUUUACGUUCUCUCUUUCUCUCUCUCUCUCUGUCUGUCUGUCUUUCUGCGGGAAAACGUUGAGGAAACUUCCGAUCGCCUCUCCUUCCUUUUUAUCUCUGUCUUCUCUGCGACAGCUUAGCCGACUGACACAGUCUGCUCUUCGAAACUUCUUCAAACGAGAGACCGUUUAGUUUCUCGCGCUCGGUAUCGCAAAUGCGGUAGUACGCGUCUAGCAAUUUCGCGUCUUGCACCGCAGUUUCCAGCGACGAUGGUGCGCGACGGAGCUGGUUUUCGAUAGAUCGGUGUGAUCGGCGCAAGAAUACUCUUUUCGUUGGAUUACGCGCGCGUUGGCUUGUCUUUCGUUCCGUAGAUAAUCAUCGCGCGACAAUGAUAAUCGAGAUUUUAGCAAACGAAAGAUUCUUCGUGUCUGUCAGAUUCUUCGUACUGUGGUUUCGACCGCGUACCGACAGCAACCAACCGCGAACGCCAUGAACCACGUUCUUCCGUUCUCCGCUGGUCAUCUCAUUAGCAGAAACGCGACACUCGAUACGCAUCGAUUAAAAUUAGUCGACGAUAUCGGCGAAACUGGCAACACAACGUCGUCCGACGUGGUGGAAACAAUGCGUGGAGAGCGCGCAGCUAACGUCGCGUCGGCUACUUCUGGCAAUACACGGUGAUUCGAUAACGCUGCAGUCCCGGUGCCGGAUCGUUCCAAUUUAUCAAUUUAUCUUUUUCCAUUUUCUUCGCGCACGUUCCUUCUCUUCGAUCAGUCGUCCCCCCCGGCCAAUUUAAUUUUCCUAACGCGUCUGCGACUGGUUUUUUGCAUCGUAACCGUGCGACCCUUUGCACGCCGGAUGCCACUCGUAUGCAAAUAUAACUUUUACGAUCCACGGCGGGCAGAAAAUUCAGCCGUUUAAAUUCCAGGCGAAUAGUUGGUCGGCCAUCGUAUUACCAUCGAUUCUUUGCAAAAAUAUAUCGCGUCGAAGAAGCAGCCCGCGAGAUAUCUCGUCCGCGCUUAAGGAAAUUAGUCGGCCACUUGAUAGAGAUUCGCAAAUUUAACGAUAAACUACGAACCGUAGGCGCCACGCUGUUGUCCGAUAAUCGGAUUUCUUGCUCGCAAGAGUAUCGUUACGCUUUCAUCGAAAGGAAAAUUCAUUUUCCGAUAUGAAUGGGCUUUGCUCGUGAUACGCGAAGCCUUCGUUUAUUUCGUUGGACUGGCGCGUUCAUCCAACGUCGACUUCUGCCUUCCAAUGUUUCCUCGAAUAAUACACUUCGAUCUUUGUGAUUUCUCAUUUACUUUCCAACAAAAUCGAAAGUUACGACUUCCUCGAUGCUUCGCGAUAAGCGACUGGUGUGUAGGAAACGAGAGAAAAGCACGCAUUCCGAGUAUUGUUCGCGACCACAGAACGGAGUGAGCUAAGGCCAAGGGUAGUCGCCGGGUCUCGGUUGACCCUGCAGGUUGAGCUGAAUAAUUGAAGGCGGCACGGCUAUACUUUAAACUCGAUAAGCGUGGCAACAGGCAUGCUCGCUUCUAAAAACGUUUCCUAGCGUUUACGUCGACACGGUGGCGCCUAAUUGUCACGAUACGGCGAAACAUCGUGUUCCGCGAUCACGAACAACCGUUGCCCCUGUGUCGAGCAACGCUUUUUCUUCUUCGUUGAGAUUGCGGUAUCGAUGACUGGAAAUAGAUCGGUCGUUAGUCGAAUCAUGCUAAUUAUCCGGGGAUUAUAACUUACGUAACAUCGCAAUUCCGUUAUCCUUUACCUAAGGAAACGUUGCUGAAUAAUGCAACAAACAACGAAGCAAUUAUUCUCAGAUAGGAUAACGCAAUAACGGAAAGCGAAUAGCAAAACAACAGUCUGUGUGCGAGCUGGGAAUUACGUUGCUCGACGGAACGCAUUUGCCGAUUCGACGAACUUCGAUCGAAAUUCAUUCGCUCGGUGCUUCUCGAACGAACAGAAAAAUGGAAAAUUCCUGCGUGGAAUCUCGGAACGAUGCGACGAUCGGGUCAACGAUCUACCGAACGCAUUAAGCGAUCGCCGUGCGAUUUAAUCGUUUCGUUCGAUUCGCAAAUCACCGUGAACGUCGUUUAACAACCGCGAUCGUUUCUCGCUAUUUUUCCUAUCGUUUCAUACGACUUGCGGCUAUAAACAGCCGCUCGGAUCAUUCCACUUUCAACACGUACUUUCUACUUGCACCAGGCACAGUGAUUUCAUCGCAGCGUUAAACGAAGAUCUUCUCGCUGUACUUCGUCCAAGCAGUUUAAAAACCAUUUUCCUAUUUUCAUCGCUCUCUUCUCUUCGCCAUUUCUGGGUCACACAUCUACCGGAGCUGGUGUGACGCGCGAGUUCCUUCGGCCAACCGAAUAUAAACCAAGAGCCUUUCAACGCGAGACAGAGUCUCGUCCGUGGUGUUCGCUUGCCAACGAAUCUGAGCGACUAUCAGCUGCUACAUUUUCAAAGAGGAAAAUCAUACGAGCGCGAGCCGGCAAACUCGAAGCAACCUCGAGACAACGUGCAGGAUUUCCCACGAGACCGUUGGUUGUCUGAUCCGCAAAAGAGAAAGUGGACAAAGGGACGGACAUUCUCGCGCUUUCUUUCCUUUCUAUAGACACGUUUCAAUUAUUUUGGAAUAAACUCGGCCGGUUGUCCUUCGAAGAACGCGAAAGAUGCAAAACGGCCGGUGAGACGGUUUUGGUGUUGGAAGAUACAGAGGAAAAUUAGAAAGCUACAGCGCGGGCAAGGUUGAUCGUCGCGAAGCGAAAGAAGUCUGCGGGGAAACAUGGGGAAGAAGAACAGCAAGCUGAAACAGGAUACCAUCGAUCGACUCACCAAUGACACGUAUUUUACCGAGAAGGAGAUUCGACAAUGGCACAAAGGAUUCCUGAAAGACUGUCCCGAUGGCCUGCUGACGGAACAGGGUUUCAUAAAGAUCUACAAGCAGUUCUUUCCACAAGGCGAUCCAUCGAAAUUUGCCACGCUGGUUUUCAGAGUGUUCGACGAGAACAACGACGGCACGAUAGAGUUCGAAGAGUUUAUAAGGGCGCUGUCGGUAACGUCGCGCGGCAAUCUGGACGAGAAACUUCAUUGGGCGUUUCGGUUGUACGACGUGGACAACGACGGUUUCAUCACGAGGGAGGAGAUGUACAAUAUCGUCGAUGCGAUGUACGAGAUGGUGGGGCAACAGCCGCAGGCGGAAGACGAGAACACGCCACAAAAGAGGGUGGACAAGAUCUUCGAUCAAAUGGACAAAAACCACGACGACAAAUUAACCCUGGAAGAGUUCCGGGAGGGUAGCAAAGCCGAUCCUAGAAUCGUGCAAGCGUUGUCAUUAGGCGGCGAGUAACCUCGAGCCCCGUCGAGACCGCACCGUGCGUCGUCGAUCGUUUCAAGCCGGACGAUCGUCUCGUCACUUCGGUCCGGUCGUCGAAACGGAUAGAGAGAGAAAUCGAUCGCUCGAACAGAUAAGGAAAACGGGCGGCUCGAUAACCAUAAGUAAGCAGUCCGGCGUACACGCAUACGUAGGUAGCACAUAAUGCGAAUCGACAUGACGCGAUCCUCUCUCUCCCUUCCUCUCUGCACUUUGUUUGUGCGAACGACAACAGGGACGGAUGACAAAAUCAGGAAAAAUCGAGUCCUCGGGAAAUUGACUUUAACACGUUGACUGCCGCGCGUGUUUUCAAUGAAAUCUCCUUCAGGCCACGAGUGUGGCAUAGAUUACUCUGACCAAAUGGUUUUUUAUGCCACCACAAUUAGAAAGGGAAUCAAAUGGUACGGAAAACUUGGCGUUCAACUUCUUCUGGCAAUUUCUGUUGUACAAGCUUUGACGGUUUACAAAAUUGCAACAAGGAAGAAUAUAAAUAUUGGAAGAUUUAGAGAAUUGUUAACUGCAAAAUUAUUACGGUUGUCUCAGAAUACGAAAAAUCAUUGUCUUCGACGGAGUCAGCACAAUAUCGCCGUUCGGAAAAAUGAUUCCGGAAGAAUCAUUAGACGCGCGUGCGAACUAUGUUACGCAGAUAAAAGACGUCGAACGGAUCGAUCAAAGACACGAGAGACUUUAAAGAAAACAAUAACUUAUUGUUCAAAUUGACCCGACAACCUCAGUUUUGUGUAGAAUACUUUAAAG